AUGCCACUAUUUGAUGGAAAGAUUUUGUUGACAAAAGAAAUGGAGAGAAUUAAAUGGAAAGUGACGGAUCUACAUCAAAAAAGCACUGAAUGCGUGAUGCCGAUCUUGGUGAAAACAAGACCCGAAUCAAUCGAAAUCUCUUGCCCAGAUGAACUCAAUUUCCCUCGACUUUUCCAAACGCAGCAAUUAAUCCUUCCCGAUUUUUCAAUGAAAAACAUUAAAUCUCAUCCAGAAAAUGGAUCAUUUAUCGACACCUCAAUCGCUCAUUUUAUUCAAAUCUAUGACGAGAAUUCAAAUCAAGAGAUCUUUUGCGAAUUUUAUGUUUCUUUUAAAGAAAACAAAUGUAAACGGAUUCCACCGAAUUUUGUGUGCACUCAAAAGGGAAAUAAAACAAACUGUCGACAAGAUUCUUGUGGCGAAAAUCAAAUUUGGACACAUCAGAUCUCAUCAAUAUCUUGUGAUCCAUUGAAUGAAUGGAUUGUCAAUGUCAAUGCUGAUCAAACGUCGACCAUUCCGAAAUGUCAAAGU